AAAAAAUCAACCGAGGUCCAAUUUCAACCCGACAUAGGCUUCAGAAGAAAGGGCCACGGAAGGGAGAACUGAAGAACGUCUUGACUUCGGCUUCCAGUUCCAGAACGAAGCCCAGAUUCCACUGCUGCAACUCGGACCGGAGUUUCCCUUCAAAUUUCUUCAUCUCUGUGGCCGGCGGCAUCCAUCGUUUUCCUCAUUUCAUUCUUCCAUAUUCGCUGAUUAUGCCAGACGUGCAAGCUCUUGUGAAUGAUUUCGUUAUCAAGCUUAAGAAGCGUAAAAUUGAGGGAUCCUUGGCUACUGCGAAGCAUACGGCCGAAUUGCUUCGUUCUGUCAUUUCUCAUCAGCGAAUACCCUACACGAAUCAGGCGGCUGCUUUGAUUGAUGCUGUGAAAGCUGUUGGCGAGCAGCUGAUUGCUGCGAAUCCUGUUGAGCUUGCCGUGGGAAAUAUUGUGAGGCGUGUUUUGCACAUUAUUAGAGAGGAGGAUCUCUCUCUUACCACGGCUUCUAUUGCUGGGUUGAGCUUAUCAGCGGUUAGUGAUGAUGAAGAUGACAGUGAAAAAGAUGAUCACCCGGCCCUCUCAGCCGCUGCUGUUGCAGCUGCGGCAAGAAGCACUUUGCGGCCACCUUCCUUGCAAACUCUUCUUGAGGAUGUUCCCAACCAAGCGUCUGUUCAUCAAACUUCAUCAUCUGGAGGUGAUUCAGAAGGAAAAAGCAAGUCUGCUGAUAAAAGUUCGAGGAGUCGGAAACUCAAGCAUGAUGUAAUUGAAGCUGUUAACGAGCUUAUUCAGGAUAUUGCAACUUGUCAUGAACAGAUUGCUGAGCAAGCAGUUGAGCACAUUCAUCAAAACGAGGUAAUAUUAACUCUGGGGAGUUCCAGAACAGUAUUGGAAUUUCUUUGUGCUGCUAAGGAGAAGAAAAGGUCCUUCCGGGUGUUUGUUGCUGAGGGUGCUCCAAGAUAUCAGGGUCAUCUUCUUGCUAAGGAGUUGGUUACAAGAGGUUUACAGACCACACUUAUUACUGAUUCUGCAGUUUUUGCCAUGAUCUCCCGGGUGAACAUGGUAAUAGUUGGAGCUCAUGCUGUCAUGGCAAAUGGUGGUGUCAUGGCACCUGUUGGUUUGAAUAUGGUGGCCCUUGCAGCUAAAAGGCAUGCUGUUCCUUUUGUCGUUCUAGCUGGAAGUCACAAGUUAUGCCCGUUAUAUCCUCACAAUCCUGAAGUUCUACUCAAUGAACUGAGGUCCCCAUCAGAGCUUCUGGACUUUGGUGAAUUUUCAGAUUGCAUGGACUUUGGAUCCAAAACUGGUUCUCCUCUUCUCCAUGUAGUCAACCCUACAUUUGACUAUGUGCCACCUUCACUUGUUAGUUUAUUUAUCACCGACACUGGUGGCCACAACUCAUCAUACAUGUAUCGGCUUAUUGCUGAUUAUUAUUCAGCUGAUGAUUUGGUAAUUAAAAAAAGGCCUUCUACAGGGAGCUGAUUGUUGCCUCUUGUUCAUCACAUAUUUGGAUUGCAGUUAGCAACACGAGCGAGAAAAACCAUGAACUCUAGCCUCUUAACCAUGUAGAACCAUCAUCCUAUAGCUUCAAGGAAAAGAAGAGAAAAAUUCGAAGUUAGCUGAACGAAGCUAACGUUUUUGCAAUUUUGUGUUUAUUGCGAGUUUUCUGUCUCGGCUGAAGGUGUUCGUGCGGAAACAAUGGAAGCUGAUAGGUGUUUUUGUUGUUGUUGUUUUGCUUUACUUCUAAAAGUCCUGGCAUUGGAUUCUGCAGAUCACUGCCAGAAUCAAUGAAUCACAGAUAAAUCAAGAUCUUUUUUAGCUGUUUGCACAGAGGAACUUGGAUCAUCUGUGAUAGUUUUAACUUCUUGAUUUUUAUUCUAAGCAUUUUUCCUUUUAGAGAGUUGUAGAAAUGAGUUUUAGAUCGGCAAGAUGAGUAUGAUCAUUCCAUACAUAGUUUAAAUGCCUCAUUGUUGAUAUAGCCAGCGUUUGUUUUGAACUCUUGGAAUUAUCAUAAGUUGGAAGCUUUCUGUUCUUGAGGAUU